AUGCAGCCGACGUAUCUCACGCACCCCAAUUCCUCCAAAAGACUUCCGACUCCUCUUCUUCUAAUGACCAACCACCACCACAAUAAUAACAACAAUAAUGAUCCCAUAAUAGCACCACCACCAAUAAGAACACCAUCUUCUUUAAUUGAAACAUCAACAACAACAACACCACCACCACCACCAAAAGGGAAUAAUGCUGGCGGCGGUAAUCAAGCCUGUGCAGCCUGCAAAUACCAACGUAGAAAGUGCGCCCCCGACUGCAUCCUCGCCCCUUACUUCCCCCAUGACCGCACCCGACAAUUCCUCAACGCCCACCGUCUAUUCGGUGUCAGCAACAUUACCAAAAUCAUCAAAAACCUCAAUCCUCCCGACAAAGAUGAGGCCAUGAGGACUAUCAUUUUCCAGUCUGACGUUAGAGCCUCUGACCCCGUUGGCGGUUGCUACCAAAUUAUACGCGAUCUUCAACGCCAGAUCGAGUUUCUUACCAUGGAGCUCGAACUCGUCCUCCACCAGCUCGCCAUCUGUCAUGGAGCCGAGGCGGCAGCAGCAGCAGCAGCCGUCACCAACACCACCACCACCACCUUGGGGUCAUCAACUCAUCAUCAUGAUUCGUCCUCCCCAUCCAUCAAUCUCCUAGACCCCCCCUUUCAAGACACCUAUAAUCACCUAGGUUUCCAUCCUCAUCAUCAGCAGCAGCAUCAUCUUCAAGCUCAUAUUGAUGAUGCCCCUGCAGAACAACAACAACAACAACAUCCGCAGCAUGAUCAGGAAUCAGUCCUAUCAAAUGAUCACAAUGUGGAUAACAACCAUCAUCAAGACUUAACAACAGCAAUCUCUAACUUUCACCAGCAUGGCAGCAAGCCUAUAUUGGAGGACAGAGAUUGA